GAAAAACACAGGCAAGGUCACGAACACAGCGGCUUAGAGAUCAAAGUGGUCCUUACACUGCUGGCAUGUUGAGGGAAUAGCACCUUCGGGGCACGCAGAGGGGGCUUGCAGCUUUCUGUUUCUGGGAACUAUAAAGAAAAGAUACUUUAAGCAGGAGAAGAGCUCCAGUGCAUUUGAAGAUCUGUUUGGAUUUGAUUUUCACCUUGCCAGCGUCUCGCCAUCUCUUCAUAAUGGCUGAUGCAAUGGUGGACCAGAUGACGAGGUUAAAACUCAAGCUUUUAGAAAAGAGACUGGAGAACGAGCGAGAUAACAUGGAAGAGCGAUCGGAAACAGCAAUCUCCACGGCCAGGAGCUAUGAUGGGCAGGAGGAUGCAUUGCACAGUGCUCUGAGAAGAAAGAAGGAUCUGCUCCAGAAACUGAGGGAGCAGCACAUGUUGGAGGAGCUGAGCCGGCCUCAAACUUGGGGAGGGACUCGGAAGAAGUACCACAGGCUGGAUUCAGCCCCUACACACCAGCCAAUACAUAUGUACCAGCCUCCACCACCACUCCUGCCCCCGCCACAGCCCCAGCCUCCUCGAAUCAUUGAGCAAAUGAUGCCACAGCAGCCAACGACAAUCAUCCAGCAGUUACCACAGCAACAGCCACUGAUAACACAGAUCCCGCCUCCACAGCCCUAUCCUCCAAUCAAAUCCGGCAGCAUCAAAGAAGACAUGGUGGAGUUGAUGCUGAUGCAGAAUGCCCAGAUGCAUCAGAUCAUUAUGCACAACAUGAUGCUGAAAGCCAUUCCUCCAAUGGCCCUCUCCCCCCCUGGUACUGGGAACCCCCCUCCCCCUCCUGCUCAGCACAGCCAGGACCAUCACUUUGGAGGCCCCAUCAUAGUGAAGUCCGACAAGCCCCGGGGAUCCUCGGUACAUCACCAUCAUCACUACAGCCCACCUGGGCUCCAGGGCCCGCCCCAUCCCGCACAGCUUCCACCCAUUGGCUACCCUAUGUUGCCGCCGAUGAUGCCACAGAAUCCUAUGGGACAGGCAGGUGGCUACCAGCCUGCAGUACAUCACAUGACCGGCCCCACAACACUUCCUGCACUGCAUACGAUUGAAAUGGAUGGAUGGCACCCCAGAGUCCCUCCGGGUUUGUGAGAUGGUACAGGUAAAUCUAAAUCACAGCUUGAAACAGAAGACACAUUAGAUGGAGUCAGACAUUUACCUGUGCAACCUACUGAAGACGACCUCAAUAUUCAGCACACUAUCCACUGAAGACUCCCCCAUCUUACUCAUUGGUCUAAAGAUGUACAACACAGCCGCUUUACAGAUCUUUAUCUAAAAAAUGACUGUUUAAUACAUAAAUUCAUACAAGUGUAUUAUUGUGUCAACAUUUAGCAAGAAAAUGUUUUGCUCAUUUAUUGAUCAUUCAUAUAAGAGAGAAACUGAACAUACAGCACAUGAAAAGGCUACAGGAAGCAGAUCUAUAGUGUUGCGUUUGUAAAAUAUGCAUUCAUAUUUUCGUUUAUUUAGGUGGUUUGCUGCAUUUGUUACAGCACAUCUUUUUACACAACCUCCAACAUACAUAAAAUCACAAAAGUUAGCAUGGGUACAUUUAUAUACCUUUUUACAUUUUUCUGCUGACAUCUGUAUAAGUUUUGUGUGUGUUUGUCAUAGAAUGGACAUGUUCAAUUUUCCAUGAAUAAAUAGAUUGGGGCAUUUCCCCGCAGGCUUUAAUGGACAUUGCACAUUCAAUGAAAUGCUCUUUUGUUUUAAAGAAGCAUGGGGCACCCUAUUCAUUUACAUUCAUUUUAAAUGAAAUUGUUGCAAACUAUCUUAAAGAAAAGAAUAAUUUAAAAAAAUAAUUUAAGAAAGAACAGAAAGAUGAAUAGCACUAAGGAGAGCGUUGAUAAUGUUCCUAAUGCUAAUAAGGAGUUAGAAAGUGGAUUUGAAAGUCUUGGUUAGCAUUCUUUUAAGUAUGCUGUAUAUGCUUUGUCUUUUAAAUACCUCAAUACAGUACAACAUACAGAACUGCAAAGUGUGCCAAUGCAUGUCAAUGAUUUGUGAAUAUAACCCAGUCAUGGUUAACUGUUGAUUUGUACAAUGUUUUAUGUUUAUAAAUGACUUUCAUUUUUGUUAAUUAUCCUGUAAUUAUGAUCUUUCAUGUACAAGUUCAAAAUUCAUAACUAGAUAAACAGAUUUUUUGCUGUGAGUGGAUUGACAUAAGUGAACAACAGAACUGUGCUCAGUUCGAGCCUCGUCUAUCAGGGGUAUCACCGAAUAGUCGUCUUGUCUGCCUCAUUCUGCUGCUAUCGUCUAUAUUGAAUGGAAUAGUGUUGCUUUCUCCUAGAGCAGGGGUGCCCAAUCCUGGUCCUGGAGGGCCGGUGUCCUCCUGGCUUUUGUUCCAACUGCCCUCUAAAUUACUUAAUUGGACCAAUCAAGCACUUAUUAGAAGCUUAAUUGGUCCAAUUAAGCAAUUUAGUGUACAGUUGGAACAAAAACCAGGAGGGACUCUGGCCCUCCAGGACCAGGAUUGGGCACCCCUGUCCUAGAGUAAGCCUGAAUUUGCUUUCCCAUCUUUGGCCUGUCAAUUUGUAGUGUUCAGUAAAAAAAACAAGUGGAACUGAACAUUCAUCUUACUCCUCUUUCUCACCUCUACACUUGACACACUUACAAGGUAUUACGAUGUUGCGCACACUGUGCCAAAUUCUACACUAUCAGCUUCCACUCAGGUCCGCCACGGACACGGGCUAAGGACUGUACUGAUUGGGCCAUGAGGCCUCCCGAACUGUUGCAUGAUUGGAUAAACUGCUGGGGACUGUAUUUACAGAAAUGUAGUGAUUUGGGAGGUCAGGACUAUAUAAGGAGGCCUGCAAGCCGCAAUGAAAUGGUUGUGUCUCUCUUCACUUUGAUUACUGUGUACUCAA